AAUCGACGUAAAACACCGCCACGUGUCUCUCUGUAGCAACAUCCAUAGCCAGUUUCAUCAAAAAUCUCCAUUUUCGAUUCAGCUUCUCUUCUGCUGUGGUGUUCUUCCUCUAUGGAUCAUCACAUAGAGGUGUUCCUGAAGAGGCUCUCCUACAUCGCCCUGGCCAUCGGAACCCUCACCUUCCUCCUCCUCAUCCUCGAAGUCCCCGACACCUGCGUCGCACCCGAUUCCCCCCCGAAGCCUCACCUCCGGUUCCCCAAGCACUCCUGCGACCACAAGCCCCGCCAGCACCUCUCCCUCCGCAAGAAGAACAAGCGCCUCUGGUCCUCCGCCACCUGGCAGAACCAGGUCCGUUCAUUCUCCCACCUCUUCCACUCCUUCUACCAAAUCGGCCUCCUCCACAACCACUCCAAGGUCCUCUGCGUCUCCGCCGGCGCCGGCCACGAGGUCAUGGCCCUCUCCCAACUCGGCGUCGAUGACGUCACCGGCAUUGAGCUCCUGGACUCGCCGCCGCUCGUCAGCCGCGCCGAUCCCCACAACCUGCCGUUCUUCGAUGACGUGUUUGAUUUCGGGUUUAGUGCUAGAUUGGAGCUGGCGUUGUUUCCGUCGAGGUUCGCGGCGGAGAUGGAGAGGACGGUGAGGCCCGGCGGGGUUUGCGCGGUGGCGGUGGAGGAAUGUGGGGAUGGGGAGGUCAAGGAGAUUGCGGGGUUGUUUAGGAAUUCGAGGUUUCUUGGCGCCAUGAAUGUAACGUUGACUGGGUUGAGAAUGACCAGGAUUAUAAUGAGAGUUAAGCAUUCACCUUGACAUUUUUGUUUUAAUGGAGAGAAGAGCACGCUAGACCUAUCAGUUCAUUCAAUACAAGUACGAGGGGAAGAGAAAGAAAGAGAAAAGCAAAGGGUGAUUAUGACUUGGUAGACCGAAUCAGUGCGUUGCCUGAUGAACUUCUCUCCAUUAUA